AACAAGACCAUCUAAUUUUGAACAAAUUUUCUUUUUCUACAUUCAUCACGUAUUUAGUGUUUGUUUACAAAAUCUCGAAUUAAUAUUUGGUGAUACAUAUUCAGUACCUUGUAUAUUGUUGUAUAUUUAACACGGUUUAAGAGUGCAGUUUGCAAAUCGCAGAAUUGGGUGGUUGACAAAAAAAACCCUUUAAAAAAACAAUAGCUAAAUUGUGAAAUAAAAAGUUGGAACAUCGAUUCAGCAGAUAGCAAAAAAAUGGGUCGAGCAAGUAAAUACAAAAAACUCGACAACGCCGACACAGUCACAAUCGAUAAACACGACGAUGGAUUCAAAAAGCAGAUUCGAAAUGUGUUUGGAACAAAAAAUACGAAAGCUCAUAACAACGUUGUCGAUGUAAAUGGACGGUGUGAUGUUGUAGCCUCAGAUUUUUAUGUGUCUCAGUUAAGGAAUUUCCUUGCGAAAAACUCGAAUGCAUCGUUUGACUGUCAUAAACAUCAACAUCAAACAAAUCUAACAAAUAGCUCAGAGCCGAAAAACCAACAAGACUUUAAACGCAAGUGCAAACGUGCAGUAUACAAUUUCAUGAAGGGUUUAUUAGACGAACGAAAGUUUAAAAAAAUCAACAAAUUCAAUCAAGAGGAGCCUAUUUACUUUGAGUGUGACGCCAGUUAUACGAAAAAUAUUAAUAAAACAGAAGUGAAGCCAAAAAAGAGCAGCAAACAAAACAAACAACAAAAUAAGAACGAUAAUAAAUUCAACGGCAUGCAGAAUAUUAGCAUAAGAGUUGAGAGACCGACGACGGCAACUGCUCCAGAUCAUCACCAAGAAUCACCCAGCAAACGUCCGCCACAUCUAUUCUCCAAAGCAAGCACAACCUGUGAAAAUACAAACAUACAAAAUAUCGCAUCAAGAUCAGCGAGCUCUGAAGAAGACAAUUCACCAACAGAACUAAAUAAUUGUAGAAGACUCAUAGACAAACCUCCACUGGUAAAACGCCUUGCCAUGGGAUUACUACGAACAUCAGAAGAAAGUCGUCCAUUGGUAUUGAAUACACCAUCACCAACUUCUGGGUCAAUGCACACAAUAUCCGAUGGCUAUGUCAAUGAGGGAAUUUGCGAUCCCGAUAAAAUCAUUUCCAGUAAAUUCGGAGAUUCGUGUCGUAAAUCUUUAACAUCGGUUUUGGAUAAAAGCUAUAGAGAUCCUUGUGAAUUCGAUUUAAAGAAACAUUUUCUGCGGGAAACCAGCAGUGCCAAUUCAAGUCCAAAAAUGUUUGCCUUUUCGACAAAAGAGAAACGUAUACGCGGUCUUAGUAUAUUGGAACAGGCUGAAUUGAAGGAUGCGCCAUGGUUUCAAGCUGGUUUACCUCGGGAAAUUUCACUUGAAGUUCUAAGUCGAAAGAGUCCCGGUGCCUUUCUAGUACGUCAAAGUAGCACAAAACCCGGCUGCUUUGCUCUAUCAUUGCGUGUACCACCACCAGCGCCAAAAGUAGCACACUAUCUCAUUUUAAGAACGUCACAAGGAUAUAAGAUCAAGGGUUUCACAAAAGAGUUUUCAUCGCUUCGGGCUCUAAUAACACAUCAUUCAGUAAUGCCAGAGUUAUUACCCGUCCCUCUUUCAUUGCCCAGACCACAGAAUGUAGUUCCAGAACGACGUCAUUUAGACGAUUUCGAUACGUACGGUUCACUUACCGAUUUUCGUAAAAUGAUGUCCGAUUUAAAUGUGUGAUUUUGUCAGCGAUGAUAUUUAAUUUAAAAAAAAAAUGUAGAAUUCUUCAUUUCGAGAAGCUACUUAUUGGCUACAGUCAAAGUUGAUGUCACUAUUAGUUAAAUUAAAUUAAUUUAAACAAAACAUUAAUGAUUAUUUAAAUUAUGGACAAAAUUGUUGUUCGAAUUGCAGCUUCAAGGCAAAAUGUUGUAAAUGUAAAUGAUAGAUAUCGUUAUAAAAUUAAAUGCGUAUCAUUCCAAAUCAUAUAUCGAAUCCACAACGAUUGUAAGGUGGUUCGAUCAUUUAAUUGUGUGAUAAACUGAGAAAAUUAUACUUAUAAAUUUAACGAAAGAGAAAAAAAAUG